AGCGAGGAAGAAGACAUAGUAAACAUCCAGGCCCCUAUACAAAGCAGGUGCUCGUGAUUGUGGGUGAAUAUUUGAAGAAUUAGAAUGUGGGGUGGUGUUGAAUUCACAGCAGAAAAUACUGCUUUGUUGGCUGAUCGAGAAGAUGGACAUCCUCGCUCAAGGACUACCAUCGAAAAGCUUCCCGACAAGGUCCUGAUGCACAUUUUCUCCUAUUUGCCGCAUAGAGAAAUCUGCAGGAAUGCGAGGGUUUGCAAGAAAUGGCGAAUGAUUGCUUACGAUUCUCGACUAUGGAAAUCUGUGUCUCUACGACCUGAAAUAUCUGGGUUGCAAGUCACCAGCUUGGAGAACCUCUUGGCACUUCUCAGGCAAUAUAUUGUUAGAUUCGGGCCUUCAUUGCAAUACAUUGAGCUGCCUAUUGAGUUGAUCACGCACACGGUCUUGCAUGAAUUGGCCAACAAAUGUCCGAAUUUGACCAGCAUGUUGAUGGAUUUUUCAACUGCCAUGCAACUUCAUGACUUCAAUGAGCUACAGGCAUUCCCUGCGAAGCUAAAUUCUCUCUGCAUCUGUUUGUCCGGGGUCAUCUUCAUGGAAGGUUUCAUGCGCAAAAUUUACAACUUCAUAAACGGCCUGGAAGUUCUCCACUUGAUCGGUACCUAUGAACGAGUGGAAGAAGAGGAAGAAGAGAUUUACGAAGUCGUCAACAUCCACAAGCUCAAGUCGGCCACACCCAACCUGGUGGUAGUGAAUCUGUACGGAAUCAAUUUCCUCGACGAUGGACACGUGGAAGCCUUCAGCUCAAACUGUAUCCAACUGGAAUGCAUGUCAGCUCCGUAUUGCGGCAAGGUCACUGGGUCUUGCCUGAAAACCCUGCUGAAUCGGUGCAAGCGUCUGCAAUGUCUCAUCCUCACGCAAACGAGUCUGAAGAGCGAAUACGUGAUGAACGUGGAAUGGGACAAAACUCAACUGCAGGAACUCGACAUAACGGCGACUGACCUAAGCCAGGAGUGUCUCAUAGAAAUACUCACCAAACUGAAGCAAUUGCGGUACUUGUCAGCUGGACAGCAGGACAGUUUCAACGACAAAGUUCUGGCGAGGUUUCUAGAACAAGGCAGCCCUGGGAAACUCGUGGCAUUGGAUUUGGACCGAUGCGACAACUUGUCCAAUGAAGGGCUUCAGGCUCUUUUGGGCAAAUAUGGGUCCAACCUCCUGGGACUAAUUUUAUCUGGGAUCCCAACAAUCACUGAUCAAUUGCUCAUUUCCGUGAUGCCGCAGCUGAGGAACUUGAGGAUCCUAGGGGUGGGAACUGCUGAAGGCUGCUGUCCAAAGGUGCAUACCAAGGUUCUGGUGGACCAAUUGGUUGAAGCAAUCGCCAACAAUUGUCAUAAAUUGGAAAGAGUUGAAAUUCGGUGGGACGGAGACACUUUGAGGCACUCUGACAAAUCCCAAAAGGCCAUUGAUCAUUUGCGAACGAAAGCUUUGCGACUCAAAAGUUUGGUACUGAGUGAAGGGAAAUACUUCGAGAACGUGAAGGCGAACUUCGAAAGAGCAGAUAGACCAACAGUGGUUCGCUCAAACACUCUUUGCAGUGUCAGCAAUUGUUACCUACUCAGCCAUUAUAAACACCUUCUUUUCAACUGAUUUUUUUCCAAAGAGAAACAAAUAUCAAGUUACAGAGUGUCAUCGACUUGUGCGUUCUGAUUUUUUUUUUAGAAAUACAGUAUACACUUCCCACCAUCAUUUCGGAAAUUGUAUUCAUGCAGGAUAAUUCUUCGUUAUCGUCUGUGAAAUUUACUGCUGUGAGGCACAUGAAUCGAAUCCAUGUUGAUGCAGUAUUCUGCAUUAAUAUAUUGAUGCGUUACUCUAACAGUAUUCCAAAUUUUCGAACUGCUAAGCAUUUCCUAAAAAGGAAUCAUUUUGAGUUGAAAUUUCAGCAAGAAGAACGCUCUUUGGAAGAUUUAAUUUAAAAAAAAAAAAAAAAACGCCUGAGGAGACCCAUUUGUAAAUAUAUUUAAAAAAUCGUUUUACUCUGAAUUUUGUUUCAACAGUGUUGAGUUCACUUUCUGUUGAUUUUAUAACCUGUCACCUCAACUUGGAUAUUCUCCAACCUCUUUUCAUGGGCUCAGACGGGAUUUGGGCAUUAAUAAAGAAAACUGUCCAAGA